GUGAAACAAAGACACACUGAGAUGAUGUUCGAUUUUCUGAGGCACAAAUAAGUAAGGAUGCCAAACUGAGGAAGGAAAAGGAAAGUAAGACCAUGGAGGGUGACAUCUCAGGCCAGGAAGAGGAGACGUUUACUGACAUCUCGCUGGCAGAAGACAGAGUGGACAGCAGACCUGCAGCCCUGUAUACUAAGCCGGAGAACGAGCUUUUUAUCAUGAACUGUGAUAUAGAUGGGGACAUGGAAAACCAGGUGGAGAUGGAGGAGAAGACGAGGCUUAUAAAUCAGGUGUUAGAGCUUCAGCAUACACUUGAAGAUCUUUCAGCGCGCGUGGAUGCAGUGAAAGAGGAGAACUUGAAGUUGAAGUCGGAGAACCAGGUCCUUGGGCAGUACAUUGAGAACCUCAUGUCUGCGUCCAGCGUCUUUCAGACCACCGACACCAAGAGCAAACGGAAAUGAGGACAUCCUGUCUCCUCCUCCAACCACCUGACAUGUCGGUGAGCUGCUGGAGCAAACCGGAAUCUAUCACGAAAACUAUUGGCGCUUUUUAAAAAUUAUUUAUUGUCCUGUUUGGAAGUCAUGUCCGCACAUUGCAUGAUCUUGUUUUGUUCUACUGCCCAGCUGUUCCUGUAAAAUGGUUAUUAUUGUUAUGGCAUUGCCACUUUUGUUAAUUCAUAAUAGUCUUCAAAUAAAACUGUAUUAAUAAGUUGUCCGUUUUUAACCGUGCUGGAUACAAAAUAAAUGAGUGAAGUGCUGAAUAGAUUUUAAGAGGCAGGAAGUAGGGGUGAGAUGCUUUCUACUGUGAGGCUGCCAGAAUAAAAGCAUUGAUUAUUAUGGAUACAAUCAAGGCUGCCUGCAAACAAGAGGGAAGGUGCUUAGAAAAAAAGGUGUCCAUUAAAAACAAGCAAGAACACUGCAAAAUUGUACUUUUUGUCAAAAUAUUUUUUUACUUUGUGUGUUAACAAUGAUAAGAAUGGGUGUAAAGGGAUCGAUAGCUGGGAUUCAUUAAGUUAUUUUGAUAUGUUUAAGUUGUAGUAAAUGUUUUGAGUACAGUAGAUAUCCUGCACUGUUCAUUUCAUUUUGUUUUUAAUAAAAGCUCAAGAUCA